UCAAGGUUGUCAGUUAGGAAGUUCAAGCUAGGUCCAAUUCUCACCGACGUAGCCCGACUGACGGUCAUACCAGCGGGCCCCUGAGGGGUAGACAAGACACAUGGCCAGCGAGCUUACUCGAGCACCACGAUGUCUAAUUGGAAUUUGUGCUUGAAGCUUGAAGCGAUAUUGGAUAUCUUACGAGCCGUGAGUGGAUACGUCGGUCAUGCCGGUGUCAUAAAAACAAAGUACUUACUGGCGAGCUCGCCGCAAGCGGCACACCGCGGAGAAAUGAACCUAGACACCAUCAUACAUCAACAUUACUGUUAUGCUGUGGGUAAGAAGACACAAAGCAAGAUUUGCGAGGAUGGUGAGCUACGCGCGCGCGCACGGCGAAACGGUGUCCGGGACAUUGCAAAUAACACUGAAAUUAAGAUUUGAUAGGACAUUGCUUGACCAAGGCACAAUAGCAGCCAUAAUCCCGCAAAGGUGGCCUUUUGCAAUCGCUACACACCAACGUCAUGAUCAACAAACGGCC